GGACUUGGAUAAGCUUCUGUGUGCCCUGACUUGGCACCGUUUCUCUGGAACAAAGGCCAUUAGACAGUGUUAGAUUUCUUCAGUCUUAUAGAAGGUGAAAACAGGACCUGGCCGUUGUAAUUUGACUAGAAGUCAGAUCUUUUUGCACCCUCCUACCCAUGUCAAGUUCAGAACUUGGUAAAUGAAGUCUAAACAAUGGCUCCAGGAGGAGGGGGUGCCGAGAGGAGGGGAUUUCCUAGGGAAAGGUGCUCAUCCAACAGGAUAAGAAACAGUCCCUGGAAGGUUUCCGUGUUGGCAGGAGAUGCUUCCUGCUGUCUCAAGAGCCUUUGGGCCCAGGUGUAUUGUGCCUACGCUGGAGUGAGGAAGAGAGAUAUUGGGGUAGAAGGGGGGGCAGGGCUGGGAAUCUCACAGCACAUUUUGCACAACGUUGUGUUUGGCAUAUUGAACAGGCGAAUUUUCUUUGACGUUCUUUCAUUCUGUCAAUUUACAGACUAAACUUUAGUGGUGUUAGUAGAUUCUGGCAGCAAGUUCUUAGUUGCACAUUUACCAGUCACCCAUCAAGGAAGAACUGGAAAGGUUAUGUCCUGACGUGUAUCAGUGGAAGGGGAAAAAUCACUAUUGGCAGCUUGAUUUCAUCAUGGAGAUACGGAUGACAGAAGCCCUUUUUUGAUCCUGUACACUUGGUGGCCUGGAAUCUGAUCUGUCCUAGUUACCAUCCCUGCAAGGAUGGUGUCUGUAAUGUCCAGUGCCUGCUGAAUGGGCUUUUCUCUAAUCCUACCCCCCUUGCUGAUGAGACAAUAUUUGGCCAGGGAGAUUCUUGCUUCUCUAAGGUUGUUUUUCAUCAUUCAGAACAUUGCCUGAAGCAGGUCCACCAUGCCGUUAGUAACGAGGAACAUCGAGCCAAGGCACCUGUGCCGUCAGACGUUGCCUAGCGUUAGAAGCGAGCUGGAAUGCAAGACCAACAUCACCCUGGCAAAUGUCAUUCGACAGCUGGGCAGCCUGAGUAAAUUUGCAGAAGACAUUUUUGGAGAGCUCUUUACUCAGGCAAAUACCUUUGCCUUCCGGAUGAGCUCUCUAGCUGAGAGGGUCGACCGCCUACAAGUUAAAGUCACUCAGCUGGAUCCUAAGGAGGAAGAAGUGUCGCUGCAAGGGAUUAACACCCGAAAGGCCUUCAAAAGCUCCACCACUCAAGACCAGAAGCUUUUCGAUAGGGACUCGCUCCCAGUGCCUGUCCUGGAAACGUAUAACACUUGUAAUGCUCCUCCACCCCUCAACAAUCUGUCCCCAUACAGGGACGAUGGCAAAGAAGCCCUCAAGUUCUACACAGAUCCUUCAUACUUCUUUGAUCUGUGGAAGGAGAAGAUGCUACAGGACACCAAGGACAUCAUGAAAGAGAAGAGGAAACACAGGAAAGAGAAGAAGGAGAAUCCGAAUAGAGGAAAUGUCAACCCGCGGAAAAUCAAAACCCGUAAGGAGGAAUGGGAGAAACUGAAGAUGGGACAGGAAUUUGUGGAGUCCAAGGAAAAAUUGGGGCCUUCCGGGUAUCCAUCUAACCUGGUGUAUCAGAAUGGAAGCAUUGGCUCUGUUGAGAGCGUCGACACAAGUGGAUGUCCACCUCCACCCCAACUGGAGGCCAACUCCCCACCCUCGCCCUCCUUCCCUGAUGACAGCCUGCCCCCACCACCUGUGGAGUUCAGCUACCCAGCAGACAAUCAAAGAGGCUCUGGUUCAGCCGGACCUAAAAGAUCCAGUCUUGUCAGUCCAAGCCACCCACCACCAGCUCCGCCUCUCGGCUCCCCACCUGGCCCCAGACCAGGGUUUGCUCCUCCUGCUCCUCCACCUCCACCACCAAUGACAGGAGUCCCACCACCGCCACCACCUGUUGGAUUUGCAUCUCCGGGAACUCCACCACCUCCUUCUCCUCCAUCUUUCCCCCCUCACCCUGAUUUUGCUGCCCCUCCUCCCCCCCCUCCACCCCCAGCAGCUGACUACCCUUGUCUUCCACCUCCUCCUAUAGCUCAGCCAGCUGGUGGGGCGCCCCCACCGCCCCCUCCUCCUCCGCCCCCUGGACCUCCACCCCUCUCUUUCAGUGGCAGCGAUGGUCAGCUGGCCCCACCGCCGCCACCGGCUGAUAGCUCUGCAUCCAAACCCAAGUCGUCCUUGCCUCCUGUGAAUGAUGCCCGGAGUGACUUACUUUCAGCCAUUCGUCAAGGCUUCCAGCUUCGUAAGGUGGAGGAGCAACAAGAGCAGGAGAAACGGGAUGUUGUAGGCAACGACGUAGCCACCAUCCUGGCCCGACGAAUUGCAGUGGAGUACAGCGACUCUGAGGAUGACUCCUCAGAGUUUGAUGAGGACGAGUGGUUCGAUUAGCGGUGCCUCCCCGAGCUGUCGGAGCCUGCCCAGCAGAGCCCAAAGGAGCAGGCGCUUCCUUCCCCUAGUAACCAAAGAUGCACCAAAGUGCUUCCUGCACACCUCUAGUGUGCCCUUUCCCAGUCUCAUUCUUUUUUAAUCCUGGCAAGUCACCAAGAGCAUUCAGGCUGGUCUUCCUCAUCUGGUCUGGUGCGGCCAGGCCGGAAGGAGACCAAAACCCUGUUCUCCAUUCUCUGCUAAGUUGCUUCUUAGCACCACCUUUACAUGAUGCUUUCUUUUGUAAGUGGAAGAAAGUGCCUUUCAAUGGGUAUCCCAGGGGUACUUAAAGCUGUCUUGUGCCUCUGGGGGCUCAGUCUCACCUUAGACCCUGCUCUGGAGCAGGAAGCUAAGGAACGCCAAUCCCAGUCCCCCAGACUGUCUGCUGGCCUGCCGUGGGACACUCUCAGGAACCAAUCAGGUGUUCCCUGCCUGUCAUGUUGGCCCUAGAAGGAAUGGGGUGUGAGCAGCCCCAUGGUAGCCUAGCCUUUCCAUUGUUCUCACAAAGCAGUUGUGGGCACCCAGCCUGAUGCCAUGAGUUUGUUCUAGAUUUUGCUAGGCUCCUCCCUCUGGAGCAUCACCUUCUUACUGUGUCUUGAAGGAGGAAAGGACAUCCUGGACCCAAAACUUGGAAAGAGCCUUUUCCAAAAGUCCCCCUUUAGUCCCAGAGCUAGGCCAGCAGAGCUGGGUGUCUGGAUGCUCUGCGUGGGAUGCCAAGAAGGCUGGAAUGGACUUGAGAACAAGUCUGGUCGGACCCUUCUGCUGGGGAAGAGGAUUUGACCCAGGUUCCAGAGCAGCAGAGCCAGGCUUGGCCCCCUCCCCUCCCCUCGCCUCUCCUUCCCUCCCUGCGUUCUGGCAGGUUUGUCUGCGAUAGUCCUUUGACCUUACAAAGUAGAAAAGGAGAUCGGGGCCUUAGGGACUUGUCCAUGGACCCACAGGUCCUAGCUGAGACGAGAACUCAGGUCUAGAGUUCUGCCUUAGGGACCUUUCCUCAUUGAAUGCCCAGGGAGUUGUCCCUGACAUGCUUGCAGAGGGGUGGGGGGUUGCCCCCUCUGGAGAGGGGCAAGAGUUUCAUCCUGGUUUGUUCACUCUGAGGCUUGGUGCUACAUAGAAGAAAGCAUUCUCAGCAGGUUGAUGCACCAGUCUACAGUGGUAAACAGUGUGGAGCCAUCCACCCUGAUCAGAAGACAGCUUUCCAUGCAUUCUAGGCCUUGCCCCACCCCAGAUUAAUUUUUCAUAAGUCUUUUAUCUCUCUUUUCCCCUUUUACCUGUUUGUAUCCCCCUAGUUCAGGGAAGAGUCUGCCAGCCACAGCCCUGCUGCCUUAAGGGGUCUGUCAUGGUAGGGUUCAGGGGGACAUGAGAGGAGAGACUUCUUCUAGCCUUGUCCCCAAGCCCUGUUUGGAGUAGGUGGUGUGGCGCACUCUGAGCCUUCCCCAAGAUUAACCCAGAGGGGCUAGUAAGCAGAAUGGCCUAAUGGGAGCUUCACCCCCUUCUGCCCUGACUAGUCCACAGAAUCCUGCCUCUCCUGUUUUCAGAGCACUGAAACAAAGAGAAGCAGGCUGCCUCUCCAUCCAGUGGAGUCAAUAGUUGCAGUGAUUGCCAAAGCCCACAGAAACCCCUCUGGCUAGAUGAGGCUGUGUGUAAUCACUGGGAGCUUGUGCCUGUCUUUCCCUUCCAUUGCUUCUCCUGCAUUUCCUUUUCUUUGAACCCCAGGAUGGGCGGGGCGGGGGGGGGGGUGCAGAGCUGAGGAAUGGCCAUCCAGCUCAUCUCUGCAGCCGAGCCCCCCCCAGAUUGGGGGGGGGGGGGGCUUCAGCUCAGGCCUGGCCCUGUUUGUCAGGCUCUGCAGCCGCUUCCCAACCCUUUUCCCAGCCUGCAUUUUGGAAGCAUAAGAAUGGGCAUUUGUCUCAGACCUCAAAUGGUCCAGGCGGCAGAGCCAGCCUCCCAGCUGCCAGGGAAAGAAGGCCAUUCCUGCUGCAGAGCAGGGCCCUGAGCAGGCAAGGCUGGGAUGGGGGGUGUGGGGGUGGUGGCAGCAUUUCUCUGGUCUAAGGAGCCAGCCCCCCUCCCUCAGCCGAGUGAGACCUGGGGCUGACCAGUCUGGUGUUUACACUCAAUUGCUUUGGCUGAGUUGUGCUCUUCCCCACCCCCACCCCACCCCCCACUUCAGAAAGGGGAGCCAAGCCCUCCCUCCCCGAACAGUUUUGACCUUGAGAAGGGGCAGUGUUCUCUGGGUUUCUAGAAUCCACAUAUCACAUCCAUGUGCAAGCCCACAGUGGGAAGGGCUUUGGGGGGGAGGGGGCAGAGGGGGCUGGCUGCCGAAGGUAGGAUUAGAUCAUUAGCUCAGUGACCUCCUAGGGUUUCGCUGUGCUGUGUUCUCCUUCUACAGCUGGCUUGGUAAUGAUCUGCAAGUCCCGGAGUGCAACUGCACAGCUCUGCCCAACGCUCUCAUUAAAAUCUAUGCAACCAACCUCGGUGCUUUGUAGCAGCAGCCGCCCAGCUUAAGCCACCCUGGCUUGUGGGGCUCCCAGUCCCAGGCAGCAGAAAGGUCCUCUGGGCUCUGCUUAUGCAAAUGUGCCCCAGGAAAGAUAGCAACAGCCACCACCACCAAAUCAUGCUUUUUAUUCCUAAAACUCACUGUUCCUUUAAGAAAGGACCCUAUGCAAUUAACCAUGUGUCUUUGUGAAUCCUCUAACUAUCAAAUGCAAAGUUUAGUGAUGAUUUUAGAGGUCAGUAGUGGAUAGGAGAUAGGGGGAGGGUGGCCCAGCUGCAUCCAUCCCACUUAGCCUGGAUUGCAUCUGAUCUUCACCAUCAGGUAGUGGUGAUUCAUGUUCACUUGCGAAAUUAACACAUUCCAAGGGAGUGUCCCCGAGGUGGGUUUCCCAACUUGAAAGUUCCAGCCAGUGGGGGAUCUUGGGGGUGAGGGAAAGCUCUUUUCUUAAUUUAGAGCCUGCCUUAUCUCCCAGGAAUGACCCUGUCCAAUGUCACUGAGGAUCCCAAGCUGGGUUGUUGGGGCUAAUGGGAAAUUGCAUGUGGUUCUGCGCCACACCCCUGAGCCCUUGUCUUUGCAGCGACAGCUUGUACAAAUUAGGGUCCCCCCUACCUUUGGUGACCCUGCUUUAAGCAUUCUCCCAUGGCCACUAGCCUACCUUCCACUGCAUCACCCCUCCUGGCCCCCAAGGCACCUCUUGUCACAGCCAUUCAGGGCCUUAUCAUCACCCUAAGGUUUGCCCCAAAUCCAGGAGCAACCUUUACUCAGGAAUAUAGGGGCGUUUAGUAUCUGGAGAGGGGGAAAUAAUGGCAGUAAUAAAUGGCCUGGCUGGGGGUGGGGAGUGGGCAAAGACAUGGGGAGUCUUAGAGCAGGCGUUAUAGACACAUGCCUCUCAUGUGCCUCAUAUUCUUACAGUGCCUCAAAGCAGGGUAGGGAACAAUUUUGUUAUUGCAUUAACUUUAUUCAGUUAAUUCACUUGAGAAACUAACCAAUUUUUACUUUCUGUCUAGAAUGAUGUAGACCUAGAAGAGCAAGCUGUAAUGCUCCCAGAGUGCCUUAUUUUCUCUGAUAUAAAUAUAUUUAUAAGGACAGAUAUUCCAGUGGUAACUCGGGCUUCUUGGGUGAGUCUGUCAUGCUGAGAUUUAGGGAGAAGAAGGCGUGGGUGGAUGCGUGUGUGCUGGGAACGACACUGUUGCUGUGAGAAUCCCUCCACUCCAGGCAAUUGAGCUGGAUUCCAAGUAUUUGGUGAUAGAUCCCAAUCAGUAGGGGCAAGUCAGACCUCCAUCAUCCACAGGAUCAAGGGGCAAAUGAUUUAGCCCUUGACGUUGUUGGCCUCACAGUCCUUGUUCUUCCUAAGCCUCGAGAAGGGCACCAGAUUUUCUAGAGCAGACCAUGGCUAUGUGUCUUGUCUCAUUCGCUUGUUAAUUGCAGCCCCAUGUUCCCCUUGCCCCCAGAAGCCCUAUUGCAAUAUGUACAUGUAUAAAUACUUUCAAUGUAAACAUUUUAAAGAAUUUGAUAAAGCCUUUCUAGCCAAUCA